UCCUUUUUCUGCUGUUCCCGUGGCAGAGGCAGUGUUCAUCUGCCGGAGAAACAACACACUAUGCCAUCGGUUAUUUUCUCCAGUAACGACAACGAUAUCAAUAUGAACGAAGUGGAUGAGGGAUUAGAGAUGAACAUCGAAGCCAAAAAAAAGAAGAAGACCAAGAAAAUAAUGGCUGCAACAGAGGACAGUGAGUGUGAUCCACCAGCUACCAAGAAAGUGAAACGUGAAAAGAUGAACACAGCCAACGGGACAGUGCAGGAUUCUCCUGAUGUUAAUGGGAACAAGAAGAACAAGCCACUUAAAGUAAACAACGACUCCAGUGAUGAACAUGUGAAUGGGACAGACGAGCAGACUGAGAAAAAGAAGAAGAAGAAAAAGAAGCAUGUGACACCAGAGGACAGUGCAGUUAAUGAUACUAUUGCAAAAUCCCCCAAGUCUAAAUUAAAGCUCAAUGGGCAUUCCACAGAUGCUACACCAGCCCAGUCCAGCGAGGACUCCAGCAGCGAUAGUGAGAAGGAGAUGGAGACACCAGAGCAAAAGGAGGGAGCCUUUUCUAAUUUCAGAAUCUCUAAUGAAACCAUCAAGCUACUUCAAGAGCGUGGGGCAACGUAUCUGUUCGACAUCCAAGUGAAGACCUUUAACUCGGUGUAUGACGGGAAGGACGUGGUCGGCCAAGCUCGAACCGGCACAGGAAAGACGUUCUCCUUUGCCAUCCCAUUAAUAGAGAAGCUACAGUCAGAAGCUGCAGACAAAAGGAGGGGAAGACCACCCAAGGUGUUGGUUCUUGCUCCUACUCGAGAACUGGCAAUUCAGGUGGCCAAAGACUUUAAGGACAUCACCAAGAAGCUUUCCGUCCACUGCUUCUAUGGAGGAAGCUCCUACAACCCUCAAGUGGAUGCCAUCCGCAGCGGCAUUGACGUUCUGGUCGGCACCCCGGGUCGAAUAAAGGACCACCUGCAAAACAACAAGCUGGAUCUGUCACAGCUGAAACACGUAGUGCUGGACGAAGUGGACCAAAUGCUGGAUAUGGGUUUUGCCGAACAAGUAGAGGAGAUCCUCUCUUCUUCUUACAAAAAAGGUGCUGACAGUAACCCUCAGACUCUGCUCUUCUCUGCCACCUGCCCUCCAUGGGUUUAUGACGUGGCCAAAAAGUACAUGCGUCCACAGUACGUCCAUGUGGACCUAAUUGGCAAGAAGACUCAAAAAACUGCCACUACAGUUGAGCACAUGGCCAUCGCGUGCCACUGGUCCCAGAGAGCAGCGGUGAUCGGCGAUGUUGUGCAGGUGUACAGCGGCAGCCACGGCCGCUCCAUCGUCUUCUGCGAGACCAAGAAGGAAGCACAUGAGCUCUCCAUGAAUCCCUCCAUCAAACAGAGUGCCCAGUCCCUCCAUGGAGACAUUCCUCAGAAGCAGCGAGAGCUUACAUUGAAGGGCUUCCGAAAUGGCACCUUUGAGGUUCUGGUGGCCACCAACGUCGCCGCUCGAGGCCUCGACAUCCCAGAAGUUGAUCUGGUCAUUCAGUGUUCACCUCCCAAGGACGUCGAGUCAUACAUUCACCGCUCUGGAAGAACUGGCAGAGCCGGGCGAACUGGCGUCUGCAUCUGUUUUUACCAACGCAAAGAAGAAGACCAGCUGCGCUACGUAGAACAGAAAGCCGGCAUGACCUUCAAACGAGUAGGCGUACCAACUGCUAAUGACAUUAUCAAAUCCUCCAGUAAAGAUGCAGUCAGGUUUCUGGACUCUGUACCCGCAGCAGCUGUGGAAUAUUUCCGUAAAGCCGCCGAGAGCUUAAUAGAAGAACGAGGCGCUGUGGAAGCACUAGCAGCUGCUCUCGCUCACAUCUCAGGAGCUACAAGUCUAGAGCAGAGAUCCCUCCUGAACUCAGAUUCUGGUUACACCACCUUCGUGCUCAACUGCUCUAUGGAGAUGCAUAACAUCGGAUAUGCUUGGCGAGGCCUGAAAGAGCAGCUUGGGGAGGAGAUAGACAAUCAGAUCAAGGGAAUGACAUUCCUUAAAGGCAAAAAGGGAGUAUGCUUUGACGUUCCAGCUGAUAAGGUGAAAGAAAUCCAGGACAAAUGGCAGGAUAGUCGCAGAUGGCAACUUGCUAUUGCCACAGAACUCCCCGAACUGGAGGAAAGCAUGCAACGAUCGUCCGGCGGAAAAUUCGGUGGCCGAGGUGGAAGGCCAGGCGGUCGGGGUGGAUUCCGCAGCGGUUUCCGAGGAAAUAACAGCCAGUUCGGUGGGCGAGGACGUGGAGGACGAGGCGGUGGAGGACGAGGAGGUGGAGGAAGAGGCGGUGGACAGAAACGAAGCUUCAGUCAGGCUUUUGAUUAUUAAAUCAUAAGCACUGAGUGACUUAUCCAGCCUUUAUGACUGGUGGCCUUUUUUUACUGAUGUUUGCAGAAUCGAACGCAUCACCGUUCACUGGAAAAUCUGCUUUACCAAACACAGCUCAGAUUAAACACGUUAAUUGCCUUGCGAUUAUGUAUUUAAACAGCUCUAUAUAUAUAAGCCCAUUCACAUGAAUGAGAGUUUCAUUAAAGUGGUCUUAAUACAAAAUGA